AUGGGCCUGAAUGCAAGCCCUAGGCCACACCGCACGGAAGACGUUGAGAGCUGCUACUGGCUGGUAAGCGAGUCUGUGGGCAACACCGAAAUUCGCGAUCCGGUCAGUCGAGUGCGAACUUGUGCGUUUUGGACGACUUCGACAACCCCGACUUUCGACAACAAUUUCCACCACCCCUCCCCGGAACUGUCGACCGAAGCCUUCGCCAUGGCCGAUAUCGAUGUCAAGAUUGCUCAAUGGAAGCUUGUUGAAGUUGGCCGCGUGGUGCUAAUCCGCCGCGGACCCUUCACCGGCAAGCUGGCCACGAUUGUCGAGAUUGUCGACCACAAGCGUGUCCUGGUCGACGGCCCUUCCACUGAGGAGGCGAAGAUCGUUCCUCGUCACGUCCUCCCUCUCUCUCACGCCACUCUCACCCACUUCGUUAUCCCCAAGCUCCCCCGUGCCGCCGGAACCGGUCCCGUGAAGAAGCUCUGGGCGCAGAACGAGAUUGACGGCAAGUGGGCUAAGAGCUCCAUUGCUCAGAAGGCGGACAUCAACAACCGACGGAAGAACCUGACCGACUUCGAGCGCUUCAAGGUCCUUAGACUCAGGAAGCAGGCUCGUUUCGAGGUCCAGAAGGCUCACGCCAAGAUCAGGGCAGCUGCUCCUAAGGCUUAGAUGGUUAAUGAGGCUCGGUGCAUAGAGUGAAGGGGUAUCUGGGACGGUUUCACUUUGCUGAGGGUUUAAAUUCAGCAACUCGCUGUAUGCAUUAUCAUUGACAGCAUAAAAAUGACUUAAGAACACUUGAUAUCCUGACAAGCCGUUGAAUCUCGUAAUGUUAUGUCAGGGCGUCCUGGCAUUCUGCUGGGUUUGUUCUACAUACUGAAAUGCGGGCAAUAACUAUUUUCCCCU